AUGCAUGAUUGGCAUUGGGGUUGCGAGAGGUUCAUAAAUUUAUCUAAGCUUCCUAACACCCAUGGCUUUAUCAAGAAUGUUACUUGUAUUUUUGAAGCUGACAUUUCUGUUACAAGUCGAGAUGAACGUGCGAAUCAUGCAUGUCAAGUAGCUAGCAAACCUGCUGCCAGUGUUGAAAAUGUUGCUAAUCCUUUAGCGUCAAGUGGUGGUGAGCUUGUGGAUUUCAAGAAUUUUGGGAAAAUUGAAGAAGCUUUUGUUCCACUGUUGGAGGAAGUUUGCUCGUGGCAUCCCUCGCUAAUUGACUGCCAGCGCAAGAGGAAGAGAAGUCCCAGGUUCACAGAAUGGGCAUUCACAGCUUUGGGUCAAGUUUUACAUUUUCUUAAAAAUAAAAAGGUCAAAGAUAUGAAUGAGGAUGCUUGUAGUCAUCUCGGAUUUUUAUGGGAGGAGCUUGAGACUUUCAAAUUUGACUUGACCUGGCUGCAACCUCAUGUUCAAUCUGCCUUAAGUAAGAAAAGUUUUGUAGAGAAAGUUGUGCAGCUGAAAACAUUAAAGGAGAAUGUGGUAGCUCUAGACAUGGAAUUCAAAUCGGUGGAGGAGAAGCUAUUUUCCGCAAAGGAAGAUCUUGAAAAAGCAAUUCGAGAUUUGUCAAAAGAAGGCUUCCAAGAAAGGGACUUGGAUGCUGAACUGGGAUAUGGAGGACCUUAG